UAAAAUCGCAUUUUUGCGAUAAAAGUAUGAGUGUUUCUUAAAGAAUUGUAUUGAAAAAUAUUAUAAUAAAUAUUAAAAUGUGGCAUUUAUUCCAAGGGCAUUCAUGUCAAUUAAUUCGACAGAGGUUGUUAGCGACUAAGAGUAAUGGGUUUUUUAUUAAUGUACUGAAAAAUAAAUCAACUGGAGUGGUAAAACGUAAUUUUGCCGAUGUUAAAAUUACCACAGAAAAAGCUGCAAAAAACAAUGUAUUCCUAAUUUGCAGUCCUUGGAAGCUUUGUACGGGUGUUAGUUUAGGAUUGACUGUUCAAGCAUUUAUAAGAAACAAUCAAGUAUUAUGCAAGGCAGUUCAAAAUUCAAGGGUCAUUCAGCGUAGGCCAAAUGUGUCUGAAGAUAGUUCGAAAUUUGAUUGGCAAAGGUUAUUCGAAUAUUUAAAGCCACACCGGUGGCUCUUGGUUGCAGCUGUUGCUUCAGCUUUAGCCGUGGCAUUUCUAAAUGUAUACAUUCCAGCUAUGUUAGGAGCGAUUGUGAAUGUGUUAGCAAAUAUGAAGGCAAAUCCAGCUGCUGAUUUCAUAGAUGAAAUUAAGUUACCGGCUUUUAAGUUGAUUUCCCUGUAUAUUGGACAGGCAGCAUUUACAUUCUUUUACAUACAUUUGCUGUCACAAGUUGGAGAGCGAGUAGCUGCGCAGAUGAAACAAGAUCUCUUUGUAUCUAUACUUUAUCAGGAUAUGGAAUUUUUUGAUCGGGAGAGGACAGGAGAGCUAGUAAAUAGGUUAACUGUGGAUGUUCAAGACUUCAAAAGCUCAUUUAAACAAACAAUUUCGGGUGGCUUAAGAGCAAUUACACAGGUGGUCGGAUCAGCUGUAAGUCUGCUAGUAAUAUCGCCCCAUCUAACCGGACUGACUAUGGUGUGCAUUCCUUCAGUAGUUAUUGGGGCUACAUUCAUAGGCUCUUUGCUUAGGAAAUUGUCCAGGGAAGCGCAAUCUCAGAUAGAGAAAGCGACGUUAGUGGCCGAGGAAGCCAUAGCGAAUAUGCGAACAGUGCGAGCGUUCGCCGGCGAGCAGAACGAGGCGCGAAUGUUCGCCGACGAAUGUGAGGCCGCAGCCGAACUUAGUAUGGAACUGGGGCUCGGGGUGGGGCUGUUCCAGGCAGGGACCAAUUUGUUCUUGAACGGAAUGGUCCUAAGCACAAUGUUUCUGGGCGGCCAUCUAAUGUCCACCGGUCAGAUGUCAGCGGGCGACGUGAUGGCUUUCUUAGUAAACGCUCAAACGGUGCAAAGAUCUGUGGCGCAGCUAUCUCUGUUGUUCGGCUCCGUAGUGAAAGGGAUAAGCGCUGGCGGCCGGGUGUUUGAGUACAUAAACAAGGAACCGAAAAUGGACACUUCGGGCAAUAAGAUUAUAAAAUACCACGAAUUCCAAGGAGACAUAGAAUUCAAAGAUGUCACAUUCGCUUAUCCAACGAGACCUGAAGCAGUUGUAUUGAAGCACUUUAACUUGAAGAUUCCUGCGGCGAGGACGGUUGCAAUAGUAGGUACUUCUGGUAACGGCAAAUCCACAAUUGCAGCACUCUUAGAAAGGUUUUACGACGUGAACGACGGACAAGUGACCAUAGACGGCAUAGAUGUUCGGGAGUUGGACUGCAAGUGGCUCAGGGGCAGAGCCCUAGGGCUUAUAAGCCAAGAACCUGUUCUAUUUGCGACCAGUGUCAGAGAGAACAUUAGAUACGGGAAGCCUGAAGCUACGGAUGAUGAGGUAAUCAAAGCAGCUAUGACGGCGAACGCGCACGAGUUUAUCACCGGAUUUCCGGCAGGCUACGACACGAUGGUGGGAGAGAGAGGGAUGGCGCUAAGCGGCGGUCAGAAGCAAAGGAUAGCGAUAGCCAGGGCGGUGCUAAAGAACCCGCCCAUUAUCAUACUAGACGAAGCCACUAGUGCUUUAGACUCUGCCAGUGAGAAAGUGGUGCAGACAGCCUUAGAGACGGCGGCCAAAGGUCGCACUGUGUUGGUUAUAGCGCAUCGACUAUCUACGGUCAUGAAUGCAGACCUUAUCGUCGUACUCAAUAGGGGGAAAAUUGUAGAGAUGGGAACUCAUGAUCAUUUGAAGAAACAAAAGGGCUUCUAUUGGAACCUCAUCAAGCAGCAAGAUCAGGACCCGGAGACCAGUUUAUGAGAGUAGUAGUAAAACUUUAGUUCGAUAUGACAGACAAGGGAAAAUCAACCUUAUUGACCACUAUUUAAGGUUAGUAUUUUUUGUACUAUGUACCCACAUAGUAGUAGUGAAAAUUUAGUAUGUUAUAUUGAACUGAAUUUUCACUAUUACCGACAUCAGACAAAGGUAAUUCGACCUUAUUAACCUUUCAAGGUUACUAUUGCUUCGAACACAAAGUUUUCUUCCAUGAGC